GUGGUUCAUUGUUAGAUGAUUCAAUCCCCCCAAAUAAGAUAAUUGAUCCAAUGACCCUAGUAUAUCAGGAUUGUCUCUUUGGAAAUGAGAUAUUCUAUGCCAAGAAUAUAGGAUUUCGAUCAAAAGACCAUAUAUUAUCAAUGGUUGAAUCUGAGAAAAAGGCUCUAUGUCCUCUUAAUUCAAAGAACUGGGUAUUAUCGGAUGGAAUUACACCUUGGGCAUAUGGUCAUUGGAGAAUUGAUGCGUACAAGAGUAUGAUCAGAUCAGGUAUGUCUCCAGAGUUAGCAGAAAAAAGGGCUAUGAAAAUUAAGCUUAAGCCUGAGAUUGAAUCUUUAAUCAAAGAACAUAUAGCUUAA